GCAAUGUUCCUGUGGCUGUGAUUGGAUAGUGCGGGAGGAAAGUGUGCGAGUGGAGAAGCUGCAUCCUUGAGAGAGGACACGGAGGGAGCCCGGGACGUGCGGCCUAUGGCAGGGAGGAGGAGUGUGUCUAUGUAAAGAGCCCCGUCCGGUCACACAAUGAGGCUGCUCAGGGCCCUCAUGAGAAGCGCCUCCCUCACCAACACCCAGGGACUGGUGGACUACUACUCCAAGUUUUCCCCCUCACCCCUCUCUAUGAAGCAGUUCCUGGACUUCGGAUCCGUAAAUGCUUGUGAAAAGACAUCAUUUAUUUUCCUGCGACAGGAAUUGCCUGUGAGAUUAGCAAACAUAAUGAAAGAAAUAAACUUGCUUCCAGACAACCUCCUAAAGAUGCCUUCAAUAAAACUGGUGCAGAGCUGGUAUGUUCAAAGUUUCCAGGAAAUAGUUGAUUUUAAAGACAGAAAUGCAGAGGACCCAGAUACUGUCCGAACUUUCACAGACACAGUGAUAACCAUCCGAAAUCGGCACAAUGAUGUCAUUCCCACCAUGGCGCAGGGUGUCGUAGAAUAUAAAGACAGCUUUGGUGUUGAUCCAGUAACGUCUCAGAAUGUCCAGUAUUUCUUGGACCGUUUCUACAUGAGUCGCAUUUCAAUCAGAAUGCUUUUAAAUCAGCACACGUUGCUGUUUGGUGGAGAAGUGAAAGUAAAUCCAGCACAUCCCAAGCACAUCGGCAGCAUAAACCCAACAUGCAAUGUGGUUGACGUUGUUCGAGAUGGGUAUGAAAAUGCAAAAAAUCUAUGUGACUUGUAUUACGUAAACUCUCCCGAACUGGAACUUGCAGAAUUUAAUGCUAAGAAUCCAGGACAGCCAAUACAGGUGGUAUAUGUGCCUUCCCAUCUAUACCACAUGGUAUUUGAACUCUUCAAGAAUGCGAUGCGUGCAACUAUGGAAUUCCAUGCUGACAAAGGUGUCUAUCCUGCAGUCAAAGUGCGAGUGUCCCUGGGGAGUGAAGACUUGACUAUUAAGCUCAGUGAUCGCGGUGGUGGAGUGCCACUACGGAAGAUUGAUAGAUUGUUCAACUACAUGUAUUCCACGGCACCGCUUCCCAAAAUGGAGAAUUCCCGUGCCACGCCACUAGCUGGUUUUGGCUUCGGUUUGCCUAUAUCAAGACUCUAUGCCCGGUACUUCCAAGGAGACCUUAAGCUGUAUUCUUUAGAGGGAUAUGGAACAGAUGCUGUAAUAUAUAUUAAGGCUUUGUCCACGGAAUCUGUAGAACGUCUUCCUGUUUAUAACAAGUCUGCAUGGAAACAUUAUAAGACCAACCAUGAAGCAGAUGACUGGUGCGUGCCGAGCAGUGAGCCAAAAGAUAUGACGACAUUCCGUAGCAACUGAUGGUCGGCCUACAUGAUCCGCACAUCGCGUUGUAUGACUUGGUUUAUCAUCCAUUUGUCUGGUUUCCAAUCUUUAUAAUCCGCUGGCUAUGAAUUGUGCACUUUGUAAUGUGAUUUAUUUAAGACUGUAGCCAGUUUCCUCCACACACACAUAGUCUAGCGACAUUUUAAAUCAUGAUUUCCCACAUACCUGUCAGAAGUCAAGAAAUCAUCAGCCACUGUGGCCUUUGGA